AUGGUUACUCUAUCAACCAUACUGACUGGACACACUAUGGACAAUAAAUUGACUUUUGGAGCUCAAGACCAAAUUUAUGAAAAAUUCUCGGACUCGUCUACUGAAAAGAAAGGGUACCAGUGCACGACUUGUCAUAAACAUUUUACUCGGCCAAGUGCGCUAAGGACCCACAUGUAUACACACACUGGGGAGAAACCAUUUGCAUGUAGCCAUCUAAGAUGUGGUCGUCGAUUCGCCGUUAUCAGUAACCUGCGUCGACAUCUAAAGGUUCAUAAGAAGCCGGUGUCUCCACACAGACUUUCUUCCGAAGAACGUAUUCGAAGAGUUCAGAGUUUGAUUAAACGAACGUCUGGAAAUGAAUCCUCCGACUCGUGUCACAACAUGGUCGAGGCAAGACGUAUUUUUUCAAUCGCGCCUCGGCCACUCCAGCCAUGUCCCCCAAGAGAUAUCUCAUCGCCAUCAGAAAGAGCCUACAUCCCCAGAAAGGUCUCCACAUCUUCAGAGGGAUCUGUGCUGGAUGAUAGCAUGUCCAGCUGGUCUUCCCUCCCAACGUGUGCUGGACUUGAGACAUACACCCAUGGUUCUAUCAAUCAAUCCGCAGCUCUCUAUCCUACUGAAACACAAGUCUAUUACGAGUACAAACAGCCUGAUGAUAUCAACUAUAAUCUCAUGCAGUGGGUUACCCCAUCCCCAGUAAAUACACAGCUGGUGAAUACAUAUACCGAUCUAGGUCGUAUGGACCGUCUGUCUAUAGCAGACCCAAUUUCUCUACCAUUCUCCCAUCAAACUGUAACCCACCCUAACAACCAUCUCUCGUAUUUUUCUGAUUGCUCAGCAAGCAUAGAUAACUUAAAUAUCUACCAAAAUUCAUUACUACAGUACAUCAACGAAUUCGAUUUUCCUCCCUUAUAG